UGAAAAAGAAAGCGUUAAAAAACUUUUAAAAGUCGCAACAAAUAGUGAAAAAAGCUGACAUAGUCAAACAAAUGACCUACAACUGUUUCUCGAAGCUCUUGACCACACUAAGGAGAACCCGCAACCUAAUCGGCGUCGCCACCCUCUCCACCACCGCCGCCGCCUCCUCCGUUUCUCCCAAAUUCUCCGCCAUGGAGAACGACCUCCAGACUCUCAGAACACGCGUCUGCAUCGUCGGCAGCGGCCCCGCCGCCCACACUGCCGCAAUCUACGCGGCGCGUGCCGAACUCAAACCCAUCCUCUUCGAAGGCUGGAUGGCGAACGACAUCGCUCCCGGCGGACAGCUCACCACCACCACCGAGGUCGAAAACUUCCCCGGUUUCUCCGAUGGAAUCGGAGGGAUCGAACUCAUGGACAAGUGCCGCGCCCAAUCUCUCCGUUUCGGCACUCAAAUAUUCACCGAGACUGUCACCAAAGUUGAUUUCUCAGCCUUCCCCUUCAAAGUCAUCAGCGAUUCCAAGACCGUUCUCGCCGAUUCCGUAAUCAUCUCCACCGGCGCGGUGGCGAAGCGCCUCAAAUUCCCAGGCUCCGAGACCUUCUGGAACCGCGGCAUAUCCGCCUGCGCCGUGUGCGACGGCGCCGCCCCGAUCUUCCGCAACAAACCACUCGCCGUCAUCGGAGGCGGCGACUCCGCCAUGGAGGAGGCUAAUUUCCUAACGAAGUACGGCUCCAAGGUUUACAUUAUUCACCGGAGGGACGAAUUUAGGGCUUCGAAAAUUAUGCAGAGCAGAGCUCUUUCAAACCCUAAAAUUGAAGUCCUGUGGAAUUCGAAGGCCACAGAAGCAUAUGGCGAGCGAUCGUUGUCUGGAUUGAAGAUAGAAAAUCUGAAGACUGGGGAAAUUUCAGAUUUGAAUGUUUCUGGUUUGUUUUUCGCAAUUGGGCAUGAACCUGCUACCAAGUUUCUCGACGGGCAAUUGGAAUUGGAUUCCGAUGGGUACGUGGUGACGAAGCCCGGUACGACUUUGACGAGUGUGAAGGGAGUUUUCGCUGCCGGUGAUGUUCAGGAUAAGAAAUACAGGCAGGCCAUUACUGCAGCUGGAACUGGAUGUAUGGCGGCAUUAGAUGCAGAACAUUACCUUCAAGAGAUCGGUUCUCAAGAGGGUAAGAGCGAUUGAGCAUUGAAUCUUAUUGGAUGUUGAUUUGAAUUAUUAAUGUUACAGGCCCUCUCAAACUGAGGAAAUGGGAAAAAUUGGCACUUCUAUUUAUUAAUCUUAUUAUAUUGGUUAAUAUUAAUGCCGAAUAUGUGUGGUUGAAGAAAGGUAACUCCGUUUGUGUUACAUUGCAUUUUAUUUAUUAUAAUUUCACAAUUUAAGGCACGCAGUAGUGUUGCAUCAUAUUUGAUAUGGAUAUGGUAUUUGAGGUUGUUUGUUUGAAGUCUGUGUAUAUUACAUUCAGUCCACAUGAGCUCUGCAUAAAUCAGAGUAUAAAGUUGAACU